UCAGCUGUACACUCACGCACGGAGGCUGACGGAGAAGGAGGGAGGCAGUUGAGCAGGCAGAGCGCAGAGAAGGAGGAAGCGGCGGCGGCGCUCGGAGCUGGCUACGGCGACCCGCCGCCUUUCCCAAUCCUCCGUCAUCCUCCCCUCCCCAGCGUCUCUCCUCCCUGACAACCCCGGGAGCAGCAGCGGCAGGCGGGCUCCUUCCAGGCCGGAGCAACUGAAUCAUGGAGCUUCGAGUGGGGAACAAGUAUCGGCUGGGACGAAAAAUUGGUAGUGGAUCCUUUGGAGAUAUUUAUUUGGGUGCCAAUAUUGCCACUGGGGAAGAGGUAGCCAUUAAGUUGGAAUGCGUGAAAACCAAGCACCCGCAGCUCCACAUCGAAAGCAAAUUUUACAAGAUGAUGCAAGGAGGGGUGGGUAUCCCUUCCAUUAAGUGGUGUGGAGCAGAGGGUGACUAUAAUGUGAUGGUGAUGGAACUUCUGGGGCCCAGCCUGGAGGACCUCUUCAACUUCUGCUCCCGCAAGUUCAGCCUCAAGACUGUCCUGCUCCUGGCAGAUCAGAUGAUCAGCCGUAUUGAGUACAUCCAUUCCAAGAACUUCAUCCACCGAGAUGUGAAACCGGACAACUUCCUUAUGGGACUCGGCAAGAAGGGCAACCUGGUGUACAUCAUUGACUUUGGCCUGGCCAAGAAGUACCGAGAUGCCCGCACUCACCAACACAUCCCCUACCGGGAAAACAAAAACCUGACCGGCACAGCGCGCUAUGCCUCCAUAAACACCCAUCUUGGCAUUGAACAAAGUCGCCGUGAUGAUUUGGAGAGCUUGGGCUAUGUGCUGAUGUACUUCAAUCUUGGCUCGCUGCCUUGGCAAGGCCUGAAAGCUGCCACAAAGCGCCAGAAAUAUGAGCGCAUCAGUGAGAAGAAGAUGUCGACGCCCAUCGAGGUGCUCUGUAAAGGCUAUCCAUCUGAGUUCUCCACAUACCUCAACUUCUGCCGUUCCCUGCGGUUCGACGACAAACCAGACUACUCUUACCUGAGGCAGCUGUUCCGCAACCUCUUCCACCGCCAGGGUUUCUCCUAUGACUACGUGUUUGAUUGGAACAUGCUGAAGUUUGGGGCAGCCCGGAAUCCUGAGGACAUGGAUCGGGAGAGGCGAGAACACGAGCGGGAGGAGAGGAUGGGGCAGCUCCGGGGUUCGGCUACGCGGGCGCUGCCUCCUGGGCCUCCUGCUGGAGCCACAGCCAACCGCCUCCGCAACGUUGCUGAGCCCAUGGCCUCCACACCCACCUCCCGUAUCCAGCAGUCUGGAAAUACGUCCCCCAGGGCAAUUUCACGGGUGGACCGGGAGCGGAAGGUCAGCAUGAGGUUACACCGAGGAGCCCCUGCCAACAUCUCCUCGUCUGACCUCACAGGACGGCAAGAGGUGUCACGGAUUUCAGCAUCACAGACAAGUGUGCCAUUUGAUCACCUGGGGAAGUGAAGAGAGGAUUCCACCGGACCAGUGUUUGCUUAGUGUCUUCACUGUAUUUUUUUUUCUUUUAAAAAAACAAAAUAACAAAAAACAAAAUAACAAAAAACCAAUUAAAAAAAACAAAACCCACACACACAAAAAACCCCGAUUUUUUUCCCGCCAGCGACAAGGAGAGGAGCUGCCCUGUACUGGCGUUCAUGUCUUUUCUGAGAUCGCCGACUGCGUUCCCGAGCCCAAUUGCCUUCGACGAGUCACCGACGCAGGAGCCUUGCAGAAACACCUCUGCUGCUACCGUGCAGCUUCGUCUCCAUAGGCCUUUGCAACAUCUCAUGCCAGCAGGCCGUGGCCAGCCACCCCAGCAUCCCUUUUUUGAUCUGUUUGUAUUGUUCAAAGAUGAUGAUGAUGAUGAUAAUCCCUGAGUCCAUUUUCUUUCUUUUUUUUUACAGUUCAGUUUGUCUAAGAUAAAAUGGUUUCCACCCUAGUUUUAAAUUACCUUGGGAUUGGGGGAGGGUGGGGAGGAUGUUUACAGGAGACUUUAAAAUUCCAGCCCUGAGUGGUAUCAGUAGGUGGCUUAACAUUCAUUUCAAAAUGAACCGCAGUUGCAAGCUGGCUCUGCCUCUGGGAGAAGAUGGCGGAGGAGGCCUGUUUUUUUGUCUUCAGCCGUUCUUUCUCGAGGGGACACCGCUGCCCCUCUGUGUGCAUUCAUGGGCAAGCUGGGUGAUGCCGCAGGCAUACCAAUAAGGUGAACAAUACUGGCACAGCAGCAAUUGUGUGUGUGUGUGUGUGAAGGGUGUGCAUAUGGGUAAAGAUGUACGCUGUGCAAGGCAGGAGCAAAUGUGAAGGACAUGGAAAUGUAACCUGCUUCUUGUGCAGGUGCUGGGGAUCUCUCUCUCUCCCUCUUUCUUUCUCAAAAAACAAACAAACCUGUUUGCGUGUGUUUAGUUUAUAUUUUUAAUUGUUUUUCUUCUUUUCUUUUUACUUCCCCAGACAAUGGGGAGGGUGUUGAGGAAAGGGGGAGGGAUAUGUGAAUUGCAAUGGGGGGGGGAGUGUAGCCAGUUCUAUUGCAGAGGCUGCUGCUUGUACCACCGGUUUUUGAAAGGAUAACCCAGCUGAGACGCACAACCUCCCCUUGCUAAAAGGUUUUCCCCUCCUUCCUGCCCCGUCACACUUACUGUUUUAAAUUUUAGGUUUACUGGAGAAAACCAAUCCAUCCUGGGUUUUGCAUCACACCAGUCCUCACCAACGCCCUCCAGCCUCUAGCUUGGCACACUUUUGGGGGGCGGGGGGCGGGACGUUGGACAGUGUGGAAGCGGGGUGAGGGGGCUUGGCUUUUUGAUUCUUUUGAUUCUUUCUAUUUAACACACAGCUCUUUUUUGUUUUUCCCCCUAAUUUAUUUACCCUGCUUACUGUCUCUCUCUCUCUCUCUCUCUCUCUCCUUUUUUUUAAUUAAAGUAAAAAAACUUUUUAUUACUUUGUAAUUUUAAAAAAACUGAAAAAAAAACCUUGAACUUUGGGGCGGGGGGGAUUUUGUACUUUUUUCCUGUGUAAAUAUUGGACUUUUUUGAGCUUUAUCGUGGUUGUUAAUUUGAAGUAAUAAAGUAGAAAAUGAUAAAGUGAUAGAA